UUUCAGUUUCGCCCGGAACCAACACUUUUCUAAAAAAAAACAAUGCACAACUCCAAGGAAGACCUCGACAGAUUUUAUUCCAAUUCAAGGAGAACAUCUAGUAUAACUGUACCGCCACAUGGAAUAAUCCCCGCUGUUUACAACAUCGAAACUGGUUAUGAUCAGAAUGUUCCGCAAGAGACCACAGGAGUUCAGAAAACUGUCAAACUCAUUUUUGUAUUGGUAAUUCUGACUGUUCUUCUCGUCGGUUUCGUCUUCGCUAUUCUUUCUGUGACACGAUUAACAAAAAAAUAAUGUAUUUAUUUUAACUGAUUAAUGUAUAUACUUUUUUAAUAAAAUUUGAAUUGUAUUUAAAUGAACAAUUGCAAAAUAUAUUUUAAAAUAAAUCAAUGUGAUUCGAAA